UGAAACUAAUAUUGGGAUAUACAAACCCCUGAAAACCCAUGUAAUUUCCAGCACAGCCUAUUGGAAGUACUCAGGACAACACGCCGAAACGCUUCAGAACACGUGCAGGGCUGGGGUGGCGGUGGGUCGGGGCGUCUCGCUGCCUCGGCCCUUCAACAGCGAGUAGCAGGCUGAGGGUUCCAGCCCACCUGACGCACACGUUGCAUAGUUGUUUGUCUUGCUGUUAAGUAGAAGCUUGUGAAUUAUGUGCAUGAAGGAGACAAGUGAAAGGCCUGAAAAUAUGAGAAGGUGGGAAGGCAGAUACUUUAACAAUCAUAACCAGGGGAAACUCCAUAUCUAAGGAAGUCCACUGAAAGUAAUCAGACUUGUACGCCAGAGUGGACACGACCUCCACAAUAGGAACACUUGAGGCGGCUCUCACCACUGGACGGAGUGACAACACUGCCAACACUGCCAGCAGCACAGAUGGAAAGACAGACUGACAGACAGACUCCAUUGCGCUUGCCGGCAGUCGUCUGUUUGUUUGUUUACCAAGUCAGCUGUUCGCGCCAAAUACAAGCGGCAUGGCGAAAGGGGCCGUGGUCUGGGUGGAAGGGUGGACAUGUCACUGACGUGUUAAGUAACAAAGCAGCAUCAUGGGUACUCCAGGGGGCGGCAGGACCAAAAUACGCGCCAGAGAUGUGUUUGAGUCUUACUUCCUGAAGCACCACCGGCAGGACCUGACAGAGAUCCUGGAGGAGCAGCAGGAUGUGGAGCAGCACUACCCUGUGUUUGUCAACUUCCUCACCAUGUUUGAGGAGCACACAGAGGUCGCGGAGUCAUUGCUGACAGCCCCGGCCAAGCUGCUGCCGGUGCUGGACUUGGCUCUGUUCCGCGCUGCCACCAAGCUGCUGGGGGAGCUGAAGGAGUCAUGUGACAAACUCUCCAUGAAGACAAACCUACACGCACGCAUCACAGGGCUGCCGUCUUGCCCCGAGCUGUAUCGAGACAGAAUGCCCCGCACAGCAGACGUGGGGCGACUGCUGUGUGUGGUGGGCACAGUAGUGAGGAGGACGUCCGCUAAGAUGCUGGAGUACCAGAAGGAGUUCAUGUGUGCAAAGUGCAAACACGUGUUCACUGUGGUGGCGGACCAUGACCAGUACUAUCAGCUGAACAAGCCAGGCCGCUGCCCCAACCCCACUGAAUGUUACUCCACCUACUUCACCAUGCUCACUGCUGCCUCACGACCCAUCCACACCAAGGACUACCAGGAGCUCAAGAUACAGGAACAAGUGCAGAAACUCAAGAUGGGCAGCAUUCCUGCCUCCUUGUGGGUCACACUGGAGGACGACCUGGUGGACUCCUGCCGACCUGGUGAUGACGUGGUGGUGUGUGGUGUGGUGAGGCGUCGGUGGCGGCCGCUGGUUCGAGACUCGCGGCCCUGUGUGGACUUGGUGCUGAAGGCAAACAAUGUAACGGUGGAUAACAAGGAGCGCAGCGGCAGCAUGGCCAUCACAGAGGAGGUGCGGCAGGAGUUUGCAGAGUUUUGGGAGCACCACAAGCACCGCCCAUUCACCGGCAGGAACAUCAUCCUUGCCUCCAUCUGUCCCGAGGUGUACGGACUGUAUGUGGUGAAGCUGGCGCUGGCUGUGGUGGUGGCUGGAGGUGUACAGAAAACUGGCUCCACUACCACCAGGAUCAGGGGGGAGGCUCACAUGCUGCUGGUGGGGGAUCCAGGGACAGCCAAGAGUCAGUUCCUGAAGUACGCAUCUGGCCUGGUGCCUCGCAGUGUGUUCACCACCGGCACGGGCACCACCAGCACUGGCCUCACUGUGACGGUUGUGAGGGAGGAGGGAGAGUGGGCACUGGAGGCUGGUGCUCUGGUGAUGGCUGACGGGGGCGUGUGUUGCAUUGAUGAGUUCAGCAGUGUGCGGGAGGCAGACCGAGCAGCGAUUCACGAGGCCAUGGAGCAGCAGACCAUCAGUGUGGCAAAGGCUGGCCUCCUCUGUAAGUUGGACAGCCGGUGCAGUGUUCUGGCUGCCACCAACCCCAAGGAGGACGGUGACCCUGAGGAGACCCUGGAGUUUAUUGGCCUGGCAUCACCACUCCUGUCACGCUUUGAUCUGGUGUUCAUGCUGCAUGACGUGAAGAACCCUGAGUGGGACAGGGUAGUGUCAAAGUACAUUCUUAGUGGCCAAGACCCCGGAGAGGCAGAGGGCGCAGGGGCAGAGGAGGACUGGGGUCUGGAGAAGCUACGUGCGUAUUUCUGUGUGAUUCGUUCAUUGCAGCCCAGGAUGACGCCACAAGCCAAUGAGGUGCUGAGUCGCUACUACCAGGCACAGCGGCAGAGUGACCAGCGCAGCAAGGCCAGGACCACUCUCAGGCUGCUGGAAAGUCUGGUGCGGCUGAGUCAAGGCCACGCCCGGCUCAUGAUGCGAGGUGAGGUGGGGGUGCAGGACGCUGUGGUGGCCAUCACUCUCCUUGAAGCGUCCAUGGGGGGCUUCUCGCCAGUCAUGGAUAUCAACCCGCUGUACACGGCCUUCCCUCAGGAUGGCGAGUUGGAGUACAGGACCCAAGUUCAAGUUAUCCUGCAGAAACUUUGCCUUUCUGAGAUCUUGAGCAAGGAGAUGGACAGACUGGAUGAGGACCAGCUGGCCAGCAGCAGGAAGCCGUCAGGAGUGCACAGAAAGAAAGACCAGUCUGCCUUCACCACCAGCACCCAGAAGCCUCCCUCCACUGCUGUGCUGCACUCAAGGAAGGACUUUAAAGCUUCUGUCAGUGAGGAGUCAUUUGGCCUGGACAUUGAGGAGCUGGAUGAGGCCACAGAGCACAGGAAGAGGCCCAGGGGAGGCACCCAGCAAACUCUGAAUAAGUGGGUGGAGCCAGACACACACCACCAAAUGGAGGCCUUGUGUGAGCCUCAUCUUGAAGACUCCUCAGAUGAUGACUUGAAAAUCAUCAAACCCAAGAAACAGAAAAAUAGGAGAGAGGAAGAAAGAGGAAGAAACACUCAGGCUCAAGUGAAGAAUACAAAACGUAAGAAGAUGAGAAAGAAGGUGCCUAAAGAAGGUUCCUCCAGGCAUGACACAAGGCAGCCUGAUGCUUCCCCUCCCUCCUCCUUCUCCCACGUGGACAGGGCGGGGGAAGACCUGCUGAGGGACCUUGAUGACUUUGCUGAGGACACAUGGGCACCCAAAAAUAUCAAGGAAAACUUCAUCUCCACCAUAGCCAAGUUUGCAUACAAGAAACCAGGGAAAGACACAAGCACCAAGCAAAUUGUUAUACAGGAACCCUCACCAAACAAGGAUAAGAAAGACAAAUCUUCAAGUACCAAAGUUAUGAGUGAGUCUGAUUCUGUGGGGAAGAAAACCAAAGAUGAAAAUAUGCCUAAAGAUUCAAGUGUUCUCUUCAAGCACAAUUCAGUGAAGCGUUCCCCACUGAAGGAAAAGCCAGUAAGGGCGUCAGACAGCACAGAGAUGCAGCAGAAGGAACCUAUGGAGUCAGAAAAACAUAUACCAUCCCCAUUAAUUGCUGGCAAACAUAAGAACUUAACUCCCUCAACAGAAUCAGCCACUGCCAAAUUGAAAAGGUUCUCUUACUCACCACUGGAUGACAAGGCAGCCAAGACCUCAACACCAAACAUCAAUCCUAGAGAGACAGAGUGUGUGGAUGAGGCUUCUGUCCGUGCGUGUCCUGAUGGGGAGAGUGACAAGAAUGGUGGCAGUGACAAGAGCCAGGUUUCCACCACACAUGGCAUGGAUAUGAAUGUGAGUCAGCUGAGAAUGAGUGAGAAGGAGAGGCAAUCACUGAUACAUGCAAGAAUAAAAGAAGCCAGGGAAAAGAGACUUAACCUUGCCAAUAAGAUGAUGAAUGAGAGGGAACAGAUGUCCUCUCACUUGACAAGGGAAAGAGAGCAGAAUUGUAAGCUUGCCAGCAAGAUGAAGAUAAAAGACACUGAGGAAGAGGAAAACACAUCAUGUCAUCUAGUAAGAGAAAGAGAACAGAGUAACACUUAUUUUGAUGACUUAAGGAGUAGAGAAACUGUAAGAGAAAUUGACCAAACCUCUCCCUGUAACUCAAAAGACAGAGAAGACAUAAAAGGAAUUAACCAACCUUGUAACUCAGAAAAUAGAGAAGAUGUAAGGGAGAAAACUAACUCCCUCAGUGACUCAGAGACAAAAGACGCAAGCGAAUCAAAGAGAGAAGACAGCAAAGACCCAGGAUAUCUUCAGAGAAAUUACCACCAUGGAGAAACUGGGAAAUUACUUGAGGUCACCAAAGGAAACAACCAAAAGAACAUAAUAGCUGUGUCAUCGCCUUCAGGUAACAUCAACACUCCACCCUUCUCCUCCUCCUCCUCCUCCACCUCCACAUACUUCCCCACAAAGCCAAAACAUAAAAACAAGAGGUUCUCCUUUGCCCUAAAUGAGGAAGAUGAGGAAGACGUCGAUCUCUUUGACAGUCCUGUGACACAAGUGAGGGUGAGUGACUGUGAGGGAGAGAAGCAGGCCAUGGGAGGGAAGGCUGUCAUCCCACAAGGCUCUCUCCUGAAGAAGCCACUCUUCUCCCCCAGUCCAAAGCUGGGGAGAGUGAAGCUCCCUGUGGUCAGCAAAGGUGUGGAUAAAUAUGAGGCAUUGGCAUCUGAGGAAUUUGAUGAUUUUGACUUUGAAUUAUAGAACAUUACUAUCAAGUAUUUCUGUCUACUUAUACAGGUUCUGGUUAAUUUUCAAGUUAAAGGCUGCUUUCGUGUGAUAUUAUCCUGUGAUAUUUUUACAAAAAUAUUUUGCAUUGUCACUGAGGAAACUACUCUUGAGAACCUAACUAAUCACAGAUGUGGCCUUGGAAAACAAUCCCAAUGAAAGCUGUAGCAUUUAGGAGUGCAAGCUAUGGCAGGGCUUCCAUUAAGAGUUAUUUUUUUUCUCUUUUUUUCUUUAUUGUAACAUAUUGUAAAUAAGAUUAUUCUUUUAUAUCCAAGAUUGUUAGUUUAAUAUAAUGUGUUGCUGUAUUGAUAAGGUGGUGGCAAUGGUGGGGUGUUUUUACAUAACAUGUAUGUAGUAAAACUAAUAAUAUUUUAUUUUGGAAACUUCUGUACCAAUGUAUGUACCUACUAGUAUUGGGGUCUGCUAGCAAUACUAACUGUUCCUCAGUGCUAGUCAUGGCAUAUUCUUAUAUUAUUAAUAUUUAAUAGUAUUAAAGAUAUAUUACUUUGCAAA